GGAGAUUGUCUUCGCCGUCGCUUCUGCGGUUCCUUCACCUCUAAUCCGAUCAAGUUUCCAGGAAGACGAUGGUCGUCUGCGAGCGCCGCUAGGUUUUGCCUAUUGUUUCUGAAAUAGCAGUAAACGGCAGCCAAAAAUUGGGUCUUUAUUGCGGAAUUCCACGACUAAGGAAUCCUCUUCACCACCGCGUCUUACAGCCGCCUUAAGCCAGCCACCACCGUAACCCAUAAAAAAAAAUAGGAAAAGAAAAUAAAAUAGAAAAACAGAAGAAACGAAGCAGAAGAGAAAAAGGAAACAGAGGAAGAAGAAAGGGAAGAGAGAGGGAGAAAGAAACUUACCAGCCUUCGUUUUUGGCAUUGGAGAUCAGAAAACUAAAUUAGGUUUUAGCCUUGCAAUUCUAAUAAAGGAUUGCAGCGUUGGGUGUUUAGCAAGAGUUGUUGUUUCAGAGAAUUCUUAACCAACUUCAUAGCUUUGUUGAGGUUUGGAAAAUGGCCGCAACCAAGCAUUUUCCUCAGAUGGUCUCACAUGUGAUUCUUGAUUUGGAUGGUACACUUUUAAAUACAGAUGGUGUCAUGAAUGAAGUUCUCAAAGUAUUCCUUGUUAAAUAUGGCAAAAGAUGGGACAAUAAAAUAUCUCAGAAAAUAAUAGGGAGGACACCUUUGGAAGUUGCAACUGCAGUUGUGAAAGAUUUUUCACUUUCUCUGACAACUGAGGAGCUCAUGUCUGCAAUUUCUCCAAUGUUCUCUGACCAGUGGUGCAAUAUCAAAGCUCUGCCAGGUGCUAAUCGGUUGAUUAAACAUCUGAGGAGUAAUGGGGUGACUAUGGCUUUAGCUUCAAACUCUUCAAAAUCCUGCAUAGAAGCAAAGAUUUCUUUCCACCAAGGCUGGAAAGAAUCAUUUUCUGUUAUCAUUGGUGGUGAUGAAGUUACUACGGGAAAGCCAUCCCCAGAAAUAUUCCUUGAAGCUGCCAAAAGAAUGAAUGUUGAUAUUUCAAAUUGCUUGGUGAUCGAGGACUCAUUGCCUGGCGUUGCUGCUGGCAAAGCAGCAGGAAUGGCAGUGGUAGCAGUGCCAUCUCUUCCAAAACAAGCUGGUCUUUACAGUUCAGCGGAUGUGGUAAUCAAUUCUUUGCUUGAUCUGCAUCCUGAAAAGUGGGGCUUACCUCCUUUUGAAGAUUGGAUUGAAGGCACUUUACCAAUUGAACCAUGGUAUAUUGGAGGACCUGUUAUUAAGGGAUUUGGUAGGGGCUCCAAGGUACUUGGGAUACCAACAGCUAAUUUACCUGCAGAAAAUUUUUCUACAAUACUCUCUGAGCACACAUCAGGAGUCUACUUUGGCUGGGCAGGACUCUCAACAAGGGGCAUCUACAAGAUGGUCAUGAGCAUUGGUUGGAACCCAUACUUUGACAACACCGAGAAGACUAUUGAGCCAUGGCUACUCCAUGACUUUGGUGAGGACUUUUACGGGGAGGAGUUGCGCCUCGCUAUUGUAGGCUACAUAAGACCAGAGGCGAAUUUUCCGUCGCUCGAGAGUCUGAUAGCAAGGAUUCAUGAGGAUGGUAGGAUAGCCAAGAAAGCCCUUGACCUUCCUAUAUAUGCAGGCUCGAAAGAUUCACCAUAUUUGAAGAACUCCAUGCUGCGGAGUAAUUGUCAUUCUUGAAUUGCAUGAGUUUUAGAUGUGUAGAAGAGAUAAAUCUUUCAGAUUGGUCAACGGUCAGAACAAGAACCAAAGUAUGGCCUUGUUCACCGCCACAUUCAUCAAACAGAAGAAGAUGCCAAAUGCAAACAUGAUUGUGUUAACCUAUAUUCUUUUCUAAAACAUAAAUCUCUUGAUCAAACGAGCAAAAAGAGGUGAAUGUUUUUCUAAUGUUACCUUAAAGCUUGUGAACUUUGCCAAACAUUUUCUCUUCUGCUCUAAAUGCUAUAAGCAGGAAGCACAUUGCGCACAUCAUCUA